UUUUAUAGAUCAAUCGGGCCGAAGCCCAAAAAUUAACUCAGGAUGUCGGGAAUUCCCCCGUUCUUCAUUCCUGGUGUGACACCACCAAAUCCAUGGGCGAAUGCAGCUAUGAUGGCCCAAGCUCAGCAACAGGCACAGCAAGCUCAGAUGGCUGCUGCAGUACAAAUGCAGGCUCAAGCGGCAGCAGCUGCACAGCUGCAGGCUGCACAGAUUCAUGCAGUUCAAGCAGCCCAUGCACAAGUCCAGGCUCAAGUACAGGCCACACAAGGUGCCCCAGUAAUUACCAGUUCGAAGCAAGAGCAAGUAACUGAAGACAAAUUGCAAGACAAAGCUCGUAAAUGGCAGCAGCUACAAACCAAACGAUAUUCAGAAAAGAGAAAGUUUGGCUUUGUUGACUCCCAGAAAGAAGACAUGCCACCUGAGCAUGUCCGUAAAAUCAUUCGCGAUCAUGGCGAUAUGACAAAUCGCAAAUUCCGUCAUGACAAACGUGUCUACCUUGGUGCUUUAAAGUACAUGCCCCACGCCGUUUUGAAACUCUUGGAAAACAUGCCGAUGCCCUGGGAACAAAUCCGCGACGUUAAAGUGUUGUAUCACAUAACUGGUGCAAUCAGCUUUGUGAACGAGAUUCCGUGGGUGAUUGAGCCCGUCUAUAUUGCCCAAUGGGGUACCAUGUGGAUUAUGAUGCGUCGAGAGAAAAGAGAUCGUCGACAUUUCAAGCGAAUGCGUUUCCCUCCAUUCGACGACGAAGAACCUCCGCUAGAUUAUGCUGACAACAUCUUGGAUGUCGAGCCGUUAGAGGCCAUUCAGAUGGAACUUGACUCGGAUGAAGAUAAACCUGUAGCAGGCUGGCUUUAUGACAGCAAGCCUUUAGUCGACACUAAGUUCGUGAAUGGAACGACUUACCGCAAGUGGCAACUUGAAAUGCCCCAACUGGCCACCCUCUACCGUUUGGCCAACCAACUGUUGACAGAUCUUGUGGACGAUAACUACUUCUAUCUCUUCGACCUCAAGUCCUUUUUCACCGCCAAGGCCCUUAACAUGGCAAUUCCUGGUGGACCCAAGUUUGAACCUCUUAUCAAAGAUGCCAAUACGCAAGACGAAGAUUGGAACGAAUUCAAUGACAUCAAUAAAAUCAUCAUCCGUCAACCGGUGCGGACUGAGUAUCGAAUUGCUUUCCCUUAUCUUUACAACAACAUGCCCAACUUUGUCCAUCUUUCUUGGUAUCACACUCCAAACGUAACUUUCAUUAAGACUGAGGAUCCGGAUUUGCCAGCCUUCUAUUUCGAUCCGCUGAUCAACCCAAUAUCGCAUAGACGUACCGAGAACAAGCUAGCCGAAGUGACCGAACAAGAUUUGCUACCAGACGAUAGCGAAGAAUUUGAAUUGCCAGAGUAUGCAACACCUCUUCUCCAGGAAUGGCCGUUGUAUACAGAUAAUACUGCAAACGGAAUUGCUCUGUUGUGGGCACCCAGGCCGUUCAACUUGCGAUCGGGUUUCACCCGCCGUGCGUUAGACGUGCCAUUGGUCAAGAGCUGGUACCGAGAGCACUGUCCACCUGGACAGCCGGUCAAGGUUCGCGUGUCAUAUCAGAAACUGCUGAAAUAUUACGUCUUGAACGCGUUGAAACAUCGGCCACCAAAAGCCCAGCGCAAGCGUUAUCUUUUCCGCUCAUUCAAGUCAACUAAAUUCUUCCAGCAAACAACAUUGGAUUGGGUCGAAGUCGGUCUCCAGGUUUGUCGUCAAGGCUGGAACAUGUUGAACUUGUUGAUUCACCGAAAGAACCUCAACUACUUGCAUUUGGAUUACAAUUUCAAUUUGAAACCAGUCAAGACCCUGACGACUAAGGAACGUAAAAAGUCGCGUUUCGGAAACGCUUUCCAUCUUUGUCGUGAAAUCCUGCGUUUGACGAAGCUGAUCAUCGAUUCUCACGUUCAAUACCGCCUGAACAACGUUGACGCCUUCCAAUUGGCUGAUGGACUUCAGUACAUUUUCGCUCACGUCGGCCAGUUGACUGGCAUGUACCGUUACAAGUACAAGUUGAUGAGGCAGAUCCGUAUGUGCAAGGAUCUCAAACACCUUAUUUACUACCGCUUCAACACUGGGCCAGUUGGAAAAGGUCCCGGAUGCGGUAUUUGGGCCCCCGGAUGGCGCGUGUGGCUCUUCUUCUUGCGUGGUAUCACUCCAUUGCUUGAGCGUUGGUUGGGCAACUUGCUGUCCCGUCAGUUCGAAGGUCGUCACUCAAAGGGUAUUGCCAAGACUGUGACGAAACAGCGUGUCGAGUCCCACUUUGAUUUGGAACUCCGAGCGUCUGUUAUGCACGAUAUCCUCGAUAUGAUGCCCGAAGGUAUCAAGCAAAACAAGGCUCGAACCAUCUUGCAGCAUUUGUCUGAAGCCUGGAGAUGCUGGAAAGCCAACAUUCCUUGGAAGGUCCCCGGAUUGCCAACACCGAUCGAAAACAUGAUUCUUCGGUACGUCAAGAUGAAGGCUGAUUGGUGGACCAAUACGGCCCACUACAAUCGCGAGCGUAUUCGUCGUGGUGCAACUGUCGACAAAACGGUGUGCAAGAAGAAUUUGGGUCGUUUGACUCGUCUUUACCUCAAGGCUGAGCAAGAACGUCAGCACAACUACUUGAAAGACGGUCCUUACAUCUCACCCGAAGAGGCCGUUGCCAUCUACACAACCACGGUGCACUGGCUGGAAUCGCGUCGCUUCGCACCCAUCCAGUUCCCUCCGCUUUCAUACAAGCACGACACAAAAUUGCUCAUUCUUGCAUUGGAGCGACUCAAGGAAGCCUACAGCGUCAAGUCUCGUUUGAACCAGAGCCAGCGUGAAGAACUCGGUCUGAUUGAACAAGCUUACGACAAUCCCCACGAAGCCUUAUCUCGUAUCAAGCGUCACUUGCUGACACAGCGAGCAUUCAAAGAAGUUGGCAUAGAGUUUAUGGACCUCUACAGCCACUUGGUUCCUGUCUACGAUGUCGAGCCCCUUGAGAAGAUCACUGACGCUUACCUGGAUCAGUACUUGUGGUAUGAAGCCGACAAGCGUCGUCUAUUCCCUCCAUGGAUUAAGCCGGCUGAUGCUGAGCCACCUCCGUUGCUAGUCUACAAGUGGUGCCAAGGCAUCAAUAACUUACAGGAUGUGUGGGAAACAUCAGAUGGCGAGUGUAACGUGAUGUUGGAGACGCGAUUCGAAAAGCUGUACGAAAAGAUCGAUUUGACAUUGCUCAAUCGUCUUUUGCGUCUUAUCGUUGAUCACAACAUUGCCGAUUACAUGACAGCUAAGAACAACGUGGUCAUCAAUUACAAGGACAUGAACCACACCAACUCGUAUGGUAUCAUCCGUGGUCUGCAAUUCGCCUCGUUCGUCGCCCAGUACUUUGGUCUGGUCCUCGAUCUUCUCGUCUUGGGUCUUCAGCGAGCUUCCGAAAUGGCCGGCCCACCGCAGAUGCCCAACGAUUUCCUCAUCUUUCAGGAUGUUGCCACGGAAAUUGCCCAUCCAAUCCGGCUCUACUCGCGUUACGUUGAUCGCGUCCACAUGUACUUCCGCUUCACGGCUGAAGAAGCUCGCGACUUGAUCCAGCGCUACCUGACGGAGCAUCCUGAUCCCAACAACGAGAACAUUGUCGGCUACAACAACAAGAAAUGCUGGCCUCGUGACGCUCGCAUGCGUCUGAUGAAACACGACGUCAAUCUUGGCCGUGCCGUUUUCUGGGAUAUCAAAAACCGAUUGCCGCGGUCCGUCUCCACCAUCCAAUGGGAAGGUAGCUUCGUCAGCGUCUACUCCAAGGACAAUCCCAACUUGCUCUUCAACAUGGCCGGAUUCGAAUGCCGUAUCCUGCCCAAGUGCCGAAUGACCCACGAGGAGUUUACACAUCGCGACGGUGUAUGGAACUUGCAGAACGAGAUCACCAAAGAGAGAACGGCUCAAUGUUUCUUGCGAGUCGAUGACGAGUCUCUCCAAAAGUUCCACAAUCGCGUCCGUCAAAUCCUGAUGGCCUCUGGAUCUACCACCUUUACCAAGAUCGUCAACAAGUGGAACACGGCCCUGAUUGGUUUGAUGACCUAUUUCCGAGAAUCUGUCGUCAACACGCAGGAGUUGCUGGACCUGUUGGUGAAAUGCGAGAACAAAAUCCAAACGCGUAUCAAGAUCGGCCUCAACUCGAAAAUGCCUUCGCGUUUCCCGCCUGUCGUCUUCUACACGCCGAAGGAGUUGGGAGGUCUUGGCAUGUUGUCCAUGGGUCACGUGCUCAUCCCUCAGUCUGAUUUGCGCUGGUCCAAGCAAACGGAUGUCGGCAUCACCCAUUUCCGUUCCGGUAUGUCUCACGACGAGGAUCAGCUCAUUCCCAAUUUGUACCGCUACAUCCAGCCGUGGGAAGCUGAAUUCAUCGAUUCGCAGCGAGUCUGGGCAGAGUACGCGCUCAAACGUCAAGAAGCAUCUGCACAGAACCGUCGUUUGACACUCGAAGACUUGGAAGACAGCUGGGAUCGUGGUAUUCCGCGUAUCAACACUCUCUUCCAGAAAGAUCGGCACACGUUGGCCUACGACAAAGGAUGGCGUGUCAGGACAGAAUUCAAACAGUACCAGGUGUUGAAGCAGAAUCCCUUCUGGUGGACCCACCAGCGCCACGACGGUAAACUGUGGAACCUCAACAACUACCGUACUGACAUGAUUCAAGCGUUGGGAGGUGUCGAAGGCAUCUUGGAGCACACGCUCUUCAAGGGAACCUACUUCCCCACAUGGGAAGGUCUCUUUUGGGAGAAAGCUUCCGGCUUCGAAGAGUCGAUGAAGUACAAGAAGCUGACGAACGCUCAGCGUUCCGGUUUGAACCAAAUUCCCAACCGUCGCUUCACCUUGUGGUGGUCUCCUACCAUCAACAGAGCCAACGUCUAUGUCGGUUUCCAGGUCCAGUUGGAUUUGACUGGCAUUUUCAUGCACGGCAAAAUUCCAACGUUGAAGAUUUCACUGAUUCAGAUCUUCCGUGCUCACUUGUGGCAGAAGAUCCACGAGUCGGUCGUCAUGGAUCUUUGUCAAGUUUUCGAUCAGGAGCUGGACGCAUUGGAGAUUGAAACGGUGCAGAAGGAAACUAUCCAUCCUCGUAAAUCUUACAAGAUGAACUCUUCCUGUGCCGAUAUCCUUCUCUUCGCCUCGUACAAGUGGAAUGUAUCCAGGCCGUCCCUCUUGGCUGAUUCGCGCGAUGUUAUGGACAACACCACCACGCAAAAGUAUUGGAUUGACGUCCAGCUGCGUUGGGGCGAUUACGAUUCCCACGAUAUUGAACGUUACGCUCGCGCCAAAUUCCUCGAUUACACCACGGACAACAUGUCGAUCUACCCAUCGCCCACUGGUGUCCUCAUCGCUCUCGAUUUGGCUUACAACUUGCACAGCGCUUACGGAAACUGGUUCCCUGGGUCCAAGCCGCUCAUCCAGCAAGCCAUGGCCAAAAUCAUGAAAGCCAAUCCAGCCCUGUACGUGUUGCGAGAACGUAUCCGCAAGGGUCUUCAGCUGUACUCUUCUGAGCCGACGGAGCCUUACUUGUCAUCGCAGAACUACGGUGAACUCUUCUCCAAUCAGAUCAUUUGGUUCGUCGACGAUACAAACGUCUACCGCGUCACGAUUCACAAGACGUUUGAAGGCAACUUGACCACCAAACCCAUCAACGGAGCCAUUUUCAUCUUCAAUCCUCGUACUGGUCAGCUCUUCCUCAAAAUUAUUCACACUUCCGUCUGGGCCGGACAGAAACGUUUGGGCCAGCUGGCCAAGUGGAAGACGGCCGAAGAAGUUGCCGCUUUGAUUCGUUCGUUGCCCGUGGAAGAACAGCCGAAACAGAUCAUUGUCACGCGCAAAGGCAUGUUGGAUCCUCUUGAAGUCCACUUGCUCGAUUUCCCCAACAUCGUCAUCAAGGGCUCGGAACUCCAGCUUCCGUUCCAGGCCUGUUUGAAGGUGGAGAAGUUUGGUGAUCUCAUCCUGAAGGCUACCGAACCGCAGAUGGUCCUCUUCAACCUCUACGACGACUGGCUCAAAACCAUUUCCAGUUACACGGCUUUCUCGCGUCUGAUCCUCAUUCUGCGUGCUCUGCACGUCAACAACGACCGGACCAAGGUUGUGCUGAAGCCGGACAAGACUACCAUCACUGAGGCGCAUCACAUCUGGCCGUCUCUGACGGACGAACAGUGGAUCAAGGUUGAAGUGCAGCUCAAAGACCUUAUCUUGGCCGAUUAUGGCAAGAAGAACAACGUCAACGUUGCUUCGUUGACACAAUCCGAAAUUCGAGAUAUUAUCCUCGGUAUGGAGAUCAGCGCGCCUUCAGCCCAGCGUCAACAGAUUGCCGAAAUCGAAAAGCAGACCAAGGAGCAGACUCAGCUGACAGCGACGACAACACGGACGGUCAACAAGCACGGUGAUGAAAUCAUCACGAGCACGACAUCCAACUACGAGACUCAGACGUUUAGCUCCAAGACGGAGUGGCGCAUCCGAGCCAUUUCGGCCACCAACCUCCAUCUGCGUACCAACCACAUCUAUGUGUCGUCUGACGAUAUUAAGGAGACGGGCUACACUUACAUUCUGCCCAAGAAUGUACUGAAGAAGUUUGUCACCAUUUCGGACUUGCGUGCCCAAAUCGCCGGCUACCUGUACGGCAUCAGCCCGCCGGACAAUCCCCAAGUGAAGGAGAUUCGUUGCAUCGUGAUGCCGCCCCAGUGGGGAACGCAUCAGUCUAUUCACUUGCCCGUCCAGCUGCCUCAACACGAGUACCUAAAAGACCUGGAACCCCUCGGUUGGAUGCAUACUCAGCCCAACGAGUUGCCCCAACUGUCACCGCAGGACAUAACGACGCAUGCCAAGGUGAUGGCCGACAACGCCGCUUGGGACGGCGAGAAGACUGUGAUCAUCACGUGCAGUUUCACGCCCGGUUCUUGUUCGCUGAUGGCCUACAAGUUGACGCCCAGCGGUUUCGAAUGGGGCAAACAGAAUACUGAUCGUGGUAACAAUCCAAAGGGUUACCUGCCUUCGCACUACGAGCGCGUACAAAUGUUGUUAUCCGACCAAUUCCUCGGCUUCUUCAUGGUGCCGUGCCAGGGUUCGUGGAACUACAACUUUAUGGGCGUCCGCCACGACCCCAACAUGAAAUACGAGCUACAUUUGGCCAACCCCAAGGAGUUUUACCAUGAAGUUCAUCGACCAUCGCAUUUUAUGAACUUCUCCUCCAUCGAAGAGGGUGACAGCGUCGGAGCUGAUCGUGACGAUUCAUUCGCUUAAGUAUCUUCAAUCACUUUUGUCUGUGUGGUCAUUUUGUAUUCAUCCCGGGUAAAUCCCCACAUACACGUUCAAGGACAAGAGAGAUGUUAAAAGUAAAACUACAACUCCUACCUUAUCGGUGUCUGUGUUUUGCUUUCCAAUUCUUAUUACUUUGAUUCGUUUCCCAGUUGUAUCUGUAAAAUGAUUCGCAGAAUACAAUAGAGCAAACAUUUUAUUUCCA